AUGCAGCACAUUUACCGGGCGUCACUGCUGAGCCAGCUACCCAUGGACCACUUCCCCCCACCACCACGACGCCGAAAGCACAAACAAUCCAGAACGACCGACCACGUGCAGCCAGCAGAUCAUCUGAAGCCCACUGCACAGCCCAGCAGCAACAGAGGCACAGCCACACCCUUUGACUGCCAUGCCCCAGCCUCAGCAGCCAUCCCAGCCUCUUCUCCCCACUCCUCUAACACCUCCUCUCCCCAUUCCCUCAGUGCCUCUCCCCACCCGAACCCCAGUCCCCCAUCCCCUCGCCGCUCUCUCCUGCCGCAAUUUGCCUCGUCCCCUCUUGGACUUGCCACCCGCAACGCCAACAAGAUGCGAUUCCUGCCGCCCAGAAGAGAUUCUGUGCUGCCCAGCACACACUCAAUGCCGGCCAGUGCGGAUGGUGCUGUGGCCCGUAGUCAUUCUCUGCCGCCCAUUGCGCCAUCCAGUUCACACUCUAUGCAGCCCGGGUGGCAUGAAGCAGAUGCGAGGGAGGGAAUGGUGGGCGGCAGCGAGCUGGCAGAAGGGAGGAGCGGGCAUGCCAUGCAGCAUCCCAACUCCAAUACACGUGACAAUAGCAAGGGUGAAUGCGAAGCAGCAGCAGCAGCAGCAGCAGCAGCUGGUGCUGGUGCUUGUGCCUCCCCAGCAUUCCCAGCCAACCCUGCAUGUGCACCUGCCUCUCUUCCAACACCAACACCCGCCGCCUCCUCCGCACAACCCCACGCAGCGCUCCCUGGUGCAUCACACACACCUACCCCCGAAAAAACUCCCUCCCAUCCAGUUGCUACCUCGGCAACACAAGGAGCUCAGCCCGAGAACGGUUGGCCUAAGCCCGGUUAUUGUAAUGAAACUGUUAAUGAUUUUCAGUGCGUUGGUGUGGAUGAGGUGUUUGGGGGCAUUGAUCUGGAUGCUUUGGAGGCGGAAGCAUUGCAGAAGAGCCAGCACAAGAAGCAGCGGGCUUCAGUUUUUGAGGAGCCUGAGAAUGAGGUGUUUGGGGGCAUUGAUUUGGAUGCGUUGGAGGAGGAAGCGUUGCAGCAGAGCCAGCGCAAGAAGCAGUGGGUGGCGGCGAGUGAGGGGAUGGUGAAGGGGAGGGAAGUGGUGGUGGAGGGGGUUGUUGGGGCUGGAGUGGAAGGCAAAUCGUCAUUGUCCCCGCAGUGGUGUGCUUGGUGA